AUGCCUCCUGCUCAUCGCGGCCCGACCGGCUCGCCUAUGGAUCGAUGGACCGAUGCUUCUCCCACCGCCAUCUCGAGCGGCUUCCAGACCGCAAUGUCGCUAGGUCCACAACCGCGCUUGGAGCAAAGCAUGCCCACCUCCCAUCUCGCACAGAGCAUGACCUCCGCCCACUUCAACACGGAUGACGACGACGAUGAGGAUGAGGAGGACGACGACGAUGGAGAUGGCGACUCGCCUGUCCCUGCUGCCGCCGCUAAAAAGAAAGCCAAUGGCAAGGCUGGCAAGGGCAAGAAGAAAGCGGCGGCGGGUCCGGCGUCCACGGAAAAGGGCAAGGCCAUCACCGCGGCUCAGCAUCGAAAGGAACAGAACAGAGCCGCACAGCGUGAGUUCCGACAACGCAAGCAGCAAUACAUUCGCGCUCUCGAGGCCAGGGUCGAGCUUCUCUCCUCGGACCACGACACGCAAGUCAACCGACUGCGCUUUGCGCUGCGUCAUUUGCUCGCCGAGAACAACACGCUCCGCGGCAUCGUCGGCAGUCUUUCGCGCUUCAUCGGCGAGCGAAGCAUCGGCGGAUGUCUCGUCGAGGCCGGCAUGACAAGAGAGAUGCUCGACUCGACCAUGAACUCGUCCAGCGAAAAGGUCAUGUCCGAGGCCUGGGCCAACUGGCCAGGAGCGGGAGAGUGCGAGGCGCUCAAAGAGAUUCGCAAGGAGAGCAACAUCCCAGCCGACGGUUUGCCCGAGAGCAAGCUCCUCAAUUACUACCGCGAGGCGAACAAUAAAGCGGAUAAUUGCAGCUCAACGCCGGACGCUGCGAGCAGUGAUAAGAAGAAGAGGACCGCCGAUAACACGGGCAGCAAAGAGGCAAAGCGAAAACGCAAGACAGACGAUACGACCACCUCGAGCACGGCUCCGACCCGCCAUACGACUUCGACUCCUUCCAACCAAAGCAGCCCCUCGACGUCAGCUCGACCCAACCCGACAGCAGCUGGCCAGACAUCGGUCUCUUCGCCCUCCAACAUGGGUCCCAAGGACAUGCAGCAGAUUUGGCAGCCGCCCCAACAGCAACAGCAGCAGCAACAGCAGCAGCAGCAACCACCGAUGCAGUACGCGCUGCCGAAUCAAUUCUGGCAGCCGUCUCAGCUGGAGAUGCCCCGCCAGUACCGCAACGACGUCGACUCGCUUUUCGCUCAGACGCUGCUCGGAGGGGGCAACCCGGAUCUGUCCACCUUUGCUUCCCUCUUUCCGGAAGAAGCCGCCAUGAAUCCGAACUACUUCCCGCCAAAUGGUGCAAGCUCGUUCGGUGGCGGGUUGGGUGGCAUGUCGGAUCCAAACACCUACGCGAAUCUUCUCGGUUUCGGACCUGCGACUCCGAAUUAUGGCACAACCACGACAGGACCCACUGCCAUGGACUCCUCCUCCUCCGCCUCCUCGUCCACUAUUCCACCUUGUGCCACCGUAGUGCCGCCCUGCAGAGCCACAGGCGGUGUGCCGACCCUUCUGCUGCCCAGCACCAUCCGCGGUCCACCCGAGCAUUUGCGUACGAUACGUCGACGGUUCGCGCGCGUCAUGGCCCAGGUCAACCGUGUCUGGGUCAAGCGCGGUGCCUCGCACUUUCUCAAUCUGCCCAACGACUACCAGUUGGACGAAGAGGAUCUGCGGUUCAUCGAGCACGAAGAAGCCACCAAUCCGCACGUCAAGCUCGCCUUUGUGCGCCUGCCCAACGACUGGGACGAGGGGGAUAUGAGCGACACGCGCAGCAGCAGCGGGUCCACGCCCAAAGUGGCCUACGACACCGAACGCAAAGCCAACAGCUUCCAGCAGUUUUCGUAUCACAUCUGGAACCACCGCCUCAAUCCCAGCUACAGCCUGCCGCCACUGCUCAAGCCGACGCCGCUGCAGCAGUCGACGCCGCACGAUCACACGAUCGAUUCAUUCCCGUGGUCCGCCAUCCGCGACAAGCUCAUUAACAUGCCUGAUGUCGAGCUGCACAGCUUCGCCAUCGACGUGGCCCGGUUCGUCUGCAUGGGUGACGGAGACGUCAGUUCCGAGAGGACCUGGGUGCUCACGUUGCCCUUCUUUGUGAGGUAUCCGCAGCUGGCCGAUGCGACGCUGUUGGCGAGCAUGAAUGCACAGCGCAAGGAGCGUGGAGAACGGGAGGUGAGCAUGGACGACGUGUGGAAGGAGCAUCAACAGUUUCAGCUGUUUGCACAAGCCAAGAUCAAGAAACUCGGUUGA